UAGUUUCAUCUUUCUGGAUAAAUGACUUUCGUGCCAGUGAUACCGUCCUACAGCCAUGUUCUUGCAGAAUUUGAGUCUCUGGAUCCAUUACUUUCAGCCCUGAGGCUGGAUUCCGCUCGCCUAAAGUGCACGAGCAUAGCUGUGUCUCGAAAAUGGUUGGCUUUGGGCAGUUCAGGAGGAGGACUCAAUCUCAUUCAAAAAGAAGGCUGGAAGCACAGGCUUUUUCUUUCACACAAGGAAGGUGCAAUUUCUCAGGUUGCCUGUUGUUUGCAUGAUGAUGAUUAUGUUGCUGUAGCUACCAGUCAAGGUUUUGUAGUUGUUUGGGAAUUAAAUCAAGAGCGUCGUGGGAAACCAGAACGAAUUUAUGUGUCUUCAGAUCACAAAGGCCGAAAAGUUACAGCUCUCUGUUGGGAUACAGCUAUUCUUAGAGUUUUUGUAGGUGAUCACAUGGGGAAAGUUUCUGCCAUCAAACUCAACACUUCUAAACAAGCAAAGGCGUCUGCUGCCUUUGUGAUGUUUCCUGUUCAGACAAUAACAACUGUUGACUCCUGUGUUGUCCAGUUAGAUUAUUUGGAUGGAAGACUACUUAUAUCUUCACUUACCCGAUCCUUCUUGUGUGACACUGAGAGAGAAAAAUUUUGGAAAAUUGGAAACAAAGAAAGAGAUGGAGAAUAUGGAGCUUGUUUCUUCCCUGGAAGAUGUUCUGCAGGCCAGCAGCCCCUAAUAUACUGUGCUCGCCCUGGCUCCAGGAUGUGGGAAGUAAACUUUGAUGGAGAAGUUAUAAGUACCCAUCAGUUUAAGAAACUCCUCUCGUCACCACCACUCCCUGUGAUUACUCAAAGAUCAGAACCUCAGUAUGAUCAUACACUUGGAUCCUCCCAGUCUUUGUCUUUCUCCAAACUUUUGCAUCUUAGUGAACAUUGUGUGCUGACUUGGACAGAGAGAGGAAUUUAUAUUUUCCUUCCUCAGAAUGUUCAAGUUCUUCUUUGGAGUGAAGUGAAAGAUAUUCAGGAUGUGGCUGUCUGCAAGAAUGAGCUGUUCUGUUUGCACCUAAACGGGAAGGUUUCCCAUCUUUCCCUAUUAUCUGUGGAACGCUGUGUGGAACGCCUGCUGAGGAGAGGCCUGUGGAACCUGGCUGCUCGAACUUGCUGUCUUUUCCAAAAUUCUAUCAUUGCCAGCAGGGGAAGAAAAAGUUUGACUAUAGAUAAACUGGAACAUUUGAAAUCUCAGCUGGACUCAGCAACCUAUGGUGAUCUGAUUUCUCAACUGGAAGAUCUGAUCUUAAAAUUUGAACCUUUGGAUUCAGCUUGUAGCAGUAGAAGAAGCUCCAUUUCAUCACAUGAAAGUUUCAGCAUCUUGGACUCUGGUAUUUAUCGUAUCAUUAGCAGUAGAAGAGGCAGUCAGUCUGAUGAAGACUCCUGUUCCCUUCACAGCCAACUCUCAGAAGAUGAGAGACUUAAAGAAUUCACCACACAUCAAGAAGAGGACCAACCAGAUCAGUGUUUCGGCUCACAUGCAAAUGAAGACAAUGUUUCUCAUGGUCCAGUGACGUCUGAGACAGAAAAGAAUGAAACUUUUCUCCCCUUCGGCAUUCCAUUAUCAUUUCGUUCUCCAUCUCCUCUUGUGUCUCUUCAGGCUGUCAAGGAAAGUGUUUCUAGCGUGCGUAAAACUACUGAAAAGAUUGGCACCCUUCAUACAAGUCCUGAUCUGAAAGUGAGACCAGAAGCCAGGGGUGAUGAGCAGUCAUGUGAAGAGGACAUGAGUUCAGUCACUUGCCCAGAGGAGGAAGUCACUGAGGGAAAAGAAGAAGUAGUCAGUCAGCCUCCAGAGGAAGACAAAUUCCAAGAGCUCAAAAUAGCAACAGCAGAAGCAAUGACAAAGCUACAGGACCCACUGGUUUUGUUUGAACCAAAGUCCCUGAGAAUGGUUUUACAGGAGUGGCUUUCACAGUUAGAAAAAACAUUUGCCAUGAAGGACUUUUCAGGUGUUUCCGAUACUGACAACUCCUCUGUGAACUCAAACCAGGAUAUGCUGUUGCUUGAUGAGUCAAAAAAGGGAAUAUUAGAUGAAGAAUAUGAAGAAGAAAAAAGGGACUCCUUAGGCCAUGAAGAAAGUGUUGAUCAAACAGCAUGUGAAUCUGCAAAUAGUCUGAGGGAGCCCUUGGUUGAUGACCUUUUUCAAGUAUGUUCUCCAUGCCUUAUACCAGAUGGUCUUCAGAAGGAGCUGGCUGAAUUGAUAACGUUGUGUUUGGAAUUGAGUGUAUUGAAUUCUGAGAUCAAAAGUGCAAGUGAACAUGUGGACCACACUUUACAACAGAGUUCUUCUGAAAUUCUGGCUUGUCAGUUCCUAAAGAAGUACUUUUUUCUCCUGGAUUUGAAAAGAGCAAAGGAGAGCAUCAAGCUGAGUUAUGCUAACAGUCCUUGUGUUUGGGAUACUUUUAUUGAAGGAUUGAAAGAAACGGCAAGUUCCGAUCCUACAUAUAUAAAGAUGGAAGAAGGAGACCUCCCAACAAGAUUAAAGUUAUUGGAAGACUCAGUCCCUUUUGACAGUCCUUUGCUGAUUGCUUAUGCUACUCGAUUGUAUGAGAAAUUUGGAGAAUCUGCCCUUAGAUCCUUCAUCAGAUUUUACCCAUCCAUUUUGCCUUCGGAUGUCAUGCAACUUUGUCAUCAUCAUCCUGCUGAGUUUUUGGCCUAUUUAGACAGUCUGGUGAAAUCAAGGCCUGAAGAUCAACGGCCAUCCUUCCUUGAGUCCCUUCUGCAACCAGAGUCUUUAAGAUUGGAUUGGCUGCUGUUGGCCGUGUCCCACCAUGCUCCCCCCAGCACCAGCACUAUGGACGAUGAAGGAGACCCCAGGCCUCAUUCUCACUUGUUUUCCUGGGGUUACAGUCAAUUAAUCCUCCUUCUAAUUAAACUUCCUGCAGAUUUUACAACAAAAGAGAAAAUGACUGACAUUUGUAAGUCUCAUGGUUUCUGGCCUGGAUAUCUUAUUCUCUGUUUGGAGCUGGGGAGAAGAAGAGAGGCCUUCACCAACAUUGUGUAUCUGAAUGAUAUGAGCCUGAUGGAAGGGGACAGUGGUUGGAUCCCGGAGACGGUGGAGGAAUGGAAGCUUCUCCUGCACCUGGUACAGAACAAGAGCACCAAGCCAGCCCCACAGAAGCCACCCAAUGGGAACUUCAGCGAUGGGCCUUCUCCUAUCAAUGUGGAGAAUGUGGCACUCCUGUUAGCUAAGGCCAUGGGCCCCGAUCGAGCCUGGUCAUUGCUAGAGGAAUGUGGUUUGACCCUCGAGCUAUCAGAGAGGUUUACCAGAACCUGUGAUAUCCUGAGGAUUGCCGAGAAAAGGCAGAGAGCCUUGAUACAAAGCAUGCUUGAAAAAUGUGAUCGGUUUCUCUGGUCUCAGCAGGCAUAGUU